UAUCAGCAAGAUUUCAGCAUUUCAGUUUCCCAACCUAAGUCAAAGCGAGCACACACAGUGCUCCUCCACUCAGCCAGAUGUUGCCCAAAGCUUGGAUAUUCCUAGUAGCUGUGCUGUGGCUGGGUAGCUGCCCUGUAAGCCAAGCAGAUGUGGCCAAGCUCGUUUGCUACUACGACGCGUCGAGUUUCGUGCGUGAAGGGCCCGCACAACUUUCACUGAACGAACUGGAGCCCGCCUUGGGCUUUUGCAACUACCUGAUUUAUGGCUAUGCCGGCAUCGAUGCGGAGAGCUUUAAGAUCAAGAGCUUAAGUCCCGAGCUUAGCUAUAAUCGUCAGCAUUAUAGUCAUAUUACCUCGCUGCGUCAGAAGCAUCCACAUUUGCGUAUACUGCUCUCUGUGGGCGGUGGGCGAGAUCUGAAUGCAGAGGGCGUGCCGGAUAAUGCUAAGUAUCUGAGUUUGCUGGAGCUGCCGGAGAGUCGUAAUAGCUUCAAGGCCAGCGUCAGAGAGGAGCUGACUAAAUAUGGCUUCGAUGGCUUGGACCUGGCUUGGCAGUUCCCGCCACUUAAGCCCAAGCAGCAGCAAGGCGCCUUGAAGCGUGCCUGGAGCUCAUUCAAGGGCUGGUUCAGCAGCAGCUCGGUCGAUCCCAAGGCCGAGGAGCACAAGGCGCAAUUUGCCUCGUUUGUCAGGGAACUGCGACUGGAGCUGCAGCGCAAUGGCAAGCAGUUGACACUCAGCAUGUUGCCACACGUGGAUGCAGAGCUCUUCAUAGAUAUACCAUCCGUGCUGAGCUUUGUGGACUUCGUCAAUUUGGGCACCUACGACUUCCAAACACCAGAACGUGAUCCCAAGCAAGCGGAUCUGCCUGCUCCACUAUAUGCCAUGUACGAUCGCGAUGCGAAGCACAAUGUUAACCAGCAGGUACAGUAUUGGCUCAAUAAUACGGCCAAUGCACAGCAGCUAAACAUUGGCAUUGCGAGCUAUGGACGUACAUGGAAAAUGACAGGCAAAUCGGGCAUCACAGGAUUUCCGCCAAUUGCCGAUACGGAAGGACCUGCUCCCGGUGGCCGGCAGACGAAUCAGCCCGGUUUGCUUAGUUGGCCAGAGAUUUGUGAUCUGUUGCAGCAUCAUCUAGGUCAGGGCAAGGACACGAAUGCAGAGCAUCUGCGCAAGGUGGGCGAUCCCACGAAGCGAUUUGGCAUCUAUGCUUAUCGUGCGGCUGAUGAUAAUGGGGAGAAUGGCAUCUGGGUGGGUUAUGAGGAUCCCACAACGGCGGCGAUUAAGGCUGGUUUUGUUCAAGCUCAAGGCCUGGGAGGUGUGGCCAUCCACGAUCUGUCCCUUGAUGAUUUCCGAGGUCAAUGUGCGGGCGAAAAGUUUCCCAUACUAAGAAGCAUCAAAUAUAAAUUGUGA